UCCUUCCAAUCCCAAAGUUGUAUUUUUUUAGCACUUUUUCAGACAUUAGCUAAUAAAUUCAUCUCUAUUCUAACUACAAAUUACAUACGUAUUCGAAUAGGGUGCUGCGAGACAGGACCAAGGUUUGUCGUCGAGCCGCCAAGGGAGUUGAUCGUCUGGUACAAGGACGGCGGUAUCGCUAACUGCGACGCAAGUGGAAGCCCUGAGCCUAGGAUAACUUGGUACCUAUCCGGUGAGAACACGCCCCUUCAGCCGGUGCCCAAAGUCAGAAGAGUGCUGGAAAACGGUUCCUUGUACUUCCCUCCGUUUAAAGCCGAGGAGUUUCGCCCGGACGUGCACCUAGCAACGUAUCGAUGCCUGGCAGCAAAUUCCGCCGGAAAGCUGCUGUCCUUGGACAUGACAGUGCGCGCAGUUGUCGUUGAAAAUUACGACGCGAUGGCUCAAGUUGUCAGCGGACCUCUGGGACUUGGAAACACGGCCAUACUCCGCUGCAAGGUACCGCAGCAUCUGGACGGCAUAGUAGCAGUCACAGCUUGGAUCAUUGACGAUUCUUACAACAUCUACCCGACCACAGACGGAGGUGGAAAAUAUGUUAUGCUUUCUUGGAAUGGUGAUUUGCACAUUCUCAAUUUAAGCAGAAGUGAUACCAAAAGGAAGUACACAUGCAGAACUCUGCAUCGGCUCUCUGGUCAUUCACAACACAGCAAUGCCGUAACGCUUCUUGUAAAUGAAAUGUCAAGUUCAACUGGUGUUAACCUGAUGGUUCCGGCUGAUUCAGUUGUAACUACAAGACAGACAAGCGAUAUAAUUCUGCCAUGUGUAGCUAAUUCGUAUCCCCCUCCGAGUUACCAAUGGUUUAAAAAUAACAUACCGAUUGAAAUUAAUGAAAGGAAAUUACUGGUCGGUGGUUCUCUGCUUCUGAGAUCCGUCGCUGUGGAAGAUAGUGGUCUUUACGUAUGUGUUGCCAACAGUUCAACAAGCAGUGUUAAAGUACAAGUGACACUUGCAAUUCCAAAGACGCUCAUGGUUCACAUAAAUCCUCAAAACCUUCAAGUUGACAGUGGAUCAAAGGCAGGCUUUGAAUGUGUCACAAGUGCAACUCAAGUUUAUUGGUACAAAGAUGGAGCAGAUAAAGGAGUGUAUGGAGCCAUUUUGCAAAUUCCAUCAGUCGGACGAAGUGACCAAGGCGUUUAUCAGUGCAGAGUUAUACAAAACAAUGAACAAAAUUAUGCUGUUGCAGAACUGAGACUUGGAGCAUCCAAGCCUCAAUUGAUUUAUCAAUUCUUAGAACAUACUUUACAACCAGGCCCACCGGUCUCAUUAAAAUGUAUUGCAACUGGUAAUCCAACACCACACAUUACUUGGACCCUUGACGGUUAUCCUUUGCCUCAAAGUGAUAGGUUUAUUAUUGGCCAGUAUGUUUCCAUGACGGGGGAUGUCAUUAGUCAUGUCAAUUUAACAAAAGUAGCAGUUGAAGAUGGAGGAAUGUAUUCUUGUAAAGCAUCCAAUCGAGCAGGAGCUGUUGAACACCAUGCACCACUUCGUGUUUAUGGAUCACCUGUAAUUCGAAGUAUACCCGCACUUUCUGCUAUAGCUGGAAAAAGUGUUACGAUAAAUUGCCCAGUUGGAGGAUACCCAAUACACACUAAAACAUGGGAAAAAGAUGGCAAACCUCUGACCACUAGUCACAGAGUGAAAGUUUUUAGUAAUGGAACCUUAAGUAUAUCAAAUGUACAAACAAAAAUCGAUCAAGGUUCAUACAAAUGUGUUGCUGCUAACAGGCAAGGGCACACAGCAAGAGCCACUGUAGAAGUCACUGUCUUAGAGCCUCCGGUUUUAUCUGGGCUGGAACCUACCCGUGUGGGUUUGGUUGGCGAAAGACUAGGCCUUCAGUGUUUAGUUAUUCGAGGGCAGGUACCAAUAAAUCUACACUGGCAACGUUCUGAAACUCCAGUCCUUAAAUUAAAUCUCCCCUCAAUUAGUAUAUCUUCGCCUGCAGAGUACUCGAGCACCUUGUUAUUUGAAAAUCUCAAUUUACAUCAUACUGGUAACUACACAUGUGUGGCUACUAAUUCUGCCGCAACAGUAUCUGCAACAGUUCAACUUUUUGUUAACGAGCCCCCAGAAAUCACUCCAUUCACUGUUCCCGUACUCGAGGCAGGGAGCAGGUUACAAGCAACUUGCACAGUCCACAAAGGGGACCCUCCAUUAAAUAUUUCUUGGAGCAAAGACGGUAUUAACAUAACACAAGAUGUAACUGUCUACAACUUAUACACAAGUAUACUUAGUAUAGCACAAGUGACUAGAAGAGAUUCUGGCAAUUACACUUGCACGGCAGUCAACCAAGCUUCGACCGUUGAACACACUGCACAACUUAUUGUUACUGUGCCACCAGAAUGGAUUGUUGAACCUCAUGAUGUAAAUGUUGUUGUCGGUCAACCAAUAUCAUUACAUUGCAGUGCAGAUGGCUACCCAAAGCCUGCACUUACCUGGAGAAAGUCAGUUGGUAAAGAUUCAACACAGUUUGGUGAAAAGCUGUCAGGAACAGAAAACGGCACAUAUACUGUGAGUAGUGCCUCUGAUGAAGAUGAAGGAUAUUAUUUAUGUGAAGCACAUAACGGGAUUGGAGCAGGCUUAAGCGCUGUUAUAUUUUUACAUGUCAAUGCUCUUCCUAAUUUUGUGUCUGGUGGGCGUAAAGUAUUAGCAACGAGAGGUGUCUCAGCAGUCUUAAAAUGUGAGGCAAGAGGUGAUUUACCUCUAGUUGUAAAAUGGCAGCGCAACCACAUUACGAUAACAUCCAGUUCUGACAAAUAUGAACUGAAAGAAACUUUUCUGGAAGAGGCAAAAACCAUAAAAUCACAGUUGACCGUCAAAAACACGAUGCAAACCGAUUCAGGAAAGUAUGUGUGUACGGCGUCCAAUUCAUUCGGAAGCGAUGAAAUGGUAGUACAUUUGUCGAUUCAAGAUGUUCCGGAACCUCCAAAGGAUGUGAAAAUUAUUGAAACAUCCAGCAGAAGUUUAAAAAUUAGUUGGAUGCAACCCCAAGAUAACAAUAGUCCUCUUCUUCACUAUUCCAUCUCUUUUACAAAAGAUCCAGAUAAUUGGUUGAAUUCUGAAGAUACAAAAGAACUUUGGACUUGGUAUGAAAUACAACAUUUACAUCCUUCAACAAAAUAUCACAUUCGUGUAUUUGCUGUAAAUCAUGUUGGUCCAUCGCCGCCAAGUGAAAUUGUUUCUGCUAAAACUGGGCCUGAAAUUCCAUCUGGAGCACCCAUUGAAAUAAUAGCUACUCCAAUUUCAAAUAGCAAAAUUGAAUUGAACUGGAAACCUCCUGUUCCUGAACAUAGAAAUGCACCAAUCACGGGUUAUACAAUAGGAUUCAAGCGAGCCAUAGAUGAAUCAUACAACUACACCAAUUUGGACUUCACAUCAGAUAUUGAACGCCUUUCUCAUACAUUAACUGGACUUAAAAGUUUCACAAAAUAUGAAAUAACUAUUCAGGCAAUUAAUAUAAUGGGAAGUGGGCUAACAAGUCAGGCUGUUUUCUGUACAACUCUGGAAGCUGCACCUGACGACUCACCGAAAGAUGUAAACUGCAAAGCAGUGAGCUCACAGCGUUUGGAUAUUCGUUGGACAAAACCUCCUAAAUCGAAGCAAAAUGGAAAAAUACUUGGUUACAAAAUAACUUACCUGAAAAUACCACCAGUUAAUGACAUAUUAACUGAAGCAUUUGAAGAAUCAAAAAAGACAGAUAGGGAAUCUUUUAUUUUAACAUCACUUGAAAAAUUUACAUCAUAUUCUAUCAAAGUGAGUGCAUUCACGAUAGCCGGAAUGGGCCCACAAAGUAGUCCCAUAUUUUGUACAACAAUGGAAUCAGCUCCAGAUCCACCGCAGGAGAUGAAAGUAGUACAAAGUGGUUUGCAGAAUGUUAUUAUAAGUUGGUUACAUCCAUCGAAGGCCUAUGGGCGUCUUAUCAAUGUUAAAUUACACCAAAGAGAGCUCUCUUUAGGAAAUUCUGUACAAAUUCGAAGCCUCUCGCCAGAUAUAAAUUACUUAACGUUGGGAAUAAAAUUUGGUAUUAGCUAUGAAUGGUGGAUGUCUGCUGUCAAUUCAGCAGGUGAAAGCGUUCCAACGACUACGAUUUCAUUCACCCCAGCAGAUAAAGUAAGUGCUAAAAUUUACUCUAUUGGAUCAGAGAAAUACGUCGGUUUGGGAAGCAAAGUAGACAUGACUUGCAAUUCGGUCGGUAUUCCACUCCCGAUUACCGCAUGGAAACGGAACAACAAGGACAUAUCUGCCUCAGGUUACAAGAUUUGGUCAAAUAAGACACUUACCAUCAAUCAUGUUACAAACAAACAUGGAGGAAACUAUACUUGCAUAGUGAAAAAUUCCCAUGGAAGUGAUCACAUUUCAUACUUGCUCAACAUAAUAGGCCCUCCCAGUGCUCCAAAAUUACACCUUGUUAUGGCCACUGUCCAUAAUAUUACCUUAGGUUGGGGAAGGCCUCAGCAAGCUCUAGCACUUUUGGGUUAUAAAUUAAUAUACAGGAUUUUCAACAAAUCGUUGAAUUGGAAUGAAAUCAAUUUCACCAAUAGUGCUGAUGAAUUCACAAUAAGCAAUCUGCAAUGUGGUACUACAAUAGAAGCUAGAAUAAGUGCAGAAAACCGAGUAGGAAUGGGGCCUCUCAGUGAUAUAUUACAGCUGUCAACAUUGGCGCCUGCACCUGAGCCACCUCUUCCUGACCAAGCAUUAACAACAACGUCAAAUACAAUCAUAGUCCAUUUGGAACUGUGGAGGUUCUUUGAAUGCCCCGUAACGCAUUUUGUGAUAGAAAGAAAAACAAGAAAUAGCAAAUGGCACCUAGUUGGUGAGUGGCUUCCUGGGUCUAACUAUGUAAUGUCUGGGCUACAACCGUCGACAUUUUACCAAAUCUGCAUCAUCUCCCACACAUCUGCAGGGCAAAUCAGCCAUUAUUUUCACACAACAACUAAACCAGCUAAUGGAGAAGAAAGCCAAAUCGAUACUCCUUGGGAGCCGAGGGAACAGCCGAAGCCGUUUUAUUUAGAUUUACACACAACUUUGCCUAUAAUCGCAUCAAUACUGGCUCUUAUACUUGCAAUUGUGACUAUAAUAAUAUGCCUAAAACAAAAAAUUUGGAAGUGCAACAAUUUAGAAGAGCCAAGCGCUGAAGUGAUGCCACAACCCGAGUAUUAUUCAGCGAUGGAUAAAAAAGCGGAACCUACAAACAGAGUAGAUCCUGAGUACGCUGAUGAAAUUUACCCAUACGCUACAUUUCAAAUGCCUAAAGCCAGUAAAGAAAAACUGACUCAUGAUUUUCAUCCUUUUAUCUACCAGGGAUCUUCCAUUGUGGAUGUCAAUAAUUUUCCUACUCCUAAAAGCAAGCAGUACAAUGAUCAUGUUCUUCCUCCAGAUGAAUAUGAUAACCUUGAUGAUGUGCAAUUUCAAAUGUCUUUACAUCGACAUAUGAAACAAAAUCAAAUCACAAGCAUGAAGGUAUCAAGCCCUAUUGAUAUUUCCCCACAGCAUGUUAAAAAUCACACUUUCCGAAAAAAUAAAUAUAUUUAUACAAACCUAAUGAAAUAAAAAUGAGUCUAAUCUCGGAUUGGAUUGUAAUUUGGUAAUGUCAAAAGAAAGUUAACAGGCGACUGUCGUAAUUCCUAUGAAAUUUAU